CCUGCGUCUGCUCUUCUUCCUCCGUCCCCGGUGCUCUCUGGCAGCGGUCGGGGCGCGCCCGACAGCGGCGAAGGAAAACGCACCACGAAAAACAACAUAAACAAACAGCAGCAGCACGCGGGAACGCGGAGGGCUCGAAAUAUCAGUUCCUACCGCCGCAAUUACCACCUGCGCCGAAGAAUUGCGCGCAUCCAUAAUAUGGGGGACACUAUGCUCCUCGAUGGCCCUCGCCGACGUAAAACUGCACGCGUCCGAGCGAUGCCGAAAUCUUCCGGCUCCCCGCUCCUCUCGGCCCGCGGCCUCUCGGCUCCCCGCGGCGUGCCGCCUCGCGGCCACUGGCGCCUCCAGCGUGCCUCCCGCGCGCCCCCGGGGCCGUCGGCGACCAGAGGAGGAGGAGAAGGAGGAGGAGGGGGAGGAGGAGGAGGAGGAGGAGGAGGAGGAGAAUGCCUUCUACUCCCCGCUUCCCUCCCUCGCUCGCCGCAGCCACGGGACCACGGCCAGCCGGCCAAUGAAGCUCUUCUUGCUGCUGGUAUCGCCCUCAUCAUGCUCAGCCGCCUCUGCCUCAGAGUCUUCCAAGCAACGCAAUCCCCACCCACGUCCCUUCGCGUCGCAUUUUGCCCACGCUUCGCCGGCAGCUGUCCUUUCAAGCCAGCUACGUGGCGAACCGAGGCACACCAAAGCGUCAGAAUUCUCUGAACUUCCAGUACACAUCUUCGUCACCGUCUAUGGCUUCUUGCUCGCCCCAGUACUGGUCUUGAAACCUGGGGAUGGGAAACUGAGAGGGCAUCAAAUGAAGUCAUAAUAGAGACGACGAUGUAUGUCACAUAGACUGCCCUGCAGAGAUGAAUCCACAAGAGCAGAAGCCCAGAGCACAGACGUAAUAUCUUGGAAGAUCGGGAUGUAAGGAGUAGCAAGAGCAGCAUUGCCAGGAGAGGCGCUGGAACCAGGUGAACGCAAAGAGCACAGUGAUGACAACGAACAACGCUAUACCAAGACCCGCAAGCCCCCCGAGAUGGGCAUCGGCCUCGUGAGAAGCGAGUGGACGUGGCGAGGAACUGGGAACGCGACAAGGGAUCGAAG